GUACAUGCUACAAAAAUUCUCAACUUCCUCUUAACGGUGUCACUGUCUUCACUGUCUCCAGUCUCUCCAAUAAUCAUACUCAUCUCGUUCAUCGUUAGUCAUUGUAUUCAAGAUGGGCUCCCAAUUCAGUCAAAUGUUCCCACCCGCAGCCAAAUUCACCGAAUCUUCGCUUCCCAACCUGUACGGAAAAGUCUAUGUUGUGACAGGUGCUUCAGCAGGCGUAGGUAAAGAACUCUCCCGCCUCCUCUACUCCUGCAACGGUACCGUAUAUGUAGCGGCCCGAUCCUCUGAGAAAGCCUCUACAGCGAUAUCCUGGAUCAAAGAAGCUUGCCCGCAAUCCAAGGGCACAUUGCACUAUCUCCAUCUUGAUCUCGACGAUCUCCAUGGGAUCAAAGCGUCUGCAGAGAGCUUUCUCACAAAGGAAACCCGAUUAGACGUCCUGUUCAACAAUGCAGGCGUUAUGAGACCACCGAAGGGCACAACAACGAAACAAGGAUACGAACUGCAGCUUGGAACAAAUUGCGUCGCGCCCUUUCUCUUCACCAAGUUACUCACGCCCAUACUACUUGAGACAGCGAAGAAAGAGCCAGAAGGCAGUGUGAGGGUAGUUUGGGUGAGCUCAUCAGCUGCGCAUGUCAUCGCGCCCGCUGGUGGUGUGGACAUGAACAACUUGGAUUAUAAGACAGAUGUCAGUCAGAUGACCAAAUACGGGAUUAGCAAAGCGGGAAAUGUGUUUCAUGCGAUGGAGUUCCAGAGACGGUACCGAAAGCAGGGGGUUGUUAGCGUGGCGCUUAACCCCGGUAACCUCAAAUCUGAUUUGCAGCGCCAUGUACCUGCACUCCAACUUUUCCUCAUUAACAUGAUCUUGCAUCCGCCUGUGAAUGGCGCGUACACUGAGCUGUUCGCUGGCCUCGCGCCUGAUGUUGCGAAUCUCAAUACGAGUGACUGGGUCGUGCCAUUCGGCAGGGUUAUGCAGGUGAGGAAGGACUAUUAUUCCGAAGCUGGUAAGAAGACUGCGAGCGCGUUUUGGGAGUGGAGUGAGAAGCAGGUGGAACAAUACGUUUGAAGAUUUCAGACCUGUGUGGCCGAGGAGAGGUUUCCUUUGUCCUUUCUCGAGAUUAUCUGGCGGGUAUGGGUGCGUAUGUCAGCCGUGCGGUGUUUGUGUAACUAGUGAAGUGUACUUUGCAUGUUCUUAUCGUUAUGGGUGGAAAUCCGACAAUACGA